GUAGCUGGAAUUCAUGAAACUGGCAAAAUGUCUUCAAUCCAAGGACUCCCUACACGAGGAUCGGAUAUAACAGUUUGCAUAAGCAAGGUCCACUUGCAUCCUCUUUGUAUGCUUGUGGAGUUCUGGGGAAAAUUGUGUCAGGAUAGGGCAAGAGAUUAUGACUGCCUGGCUAAAGACAUUCAGUCUCCUGGAAACAAAUUUCAAGAGUUUGAAGGAAAUCCUGGAGACCAGUGCUUGGCUCAGAUAGAUGGUACUUGGUACAGGUCUCGCAUAGUCUCAAGAAAUGGCUUGAACUACAGCGUGUUUCUCUUUGACAAAGGGAUGACAUAUAGCACCACCACAAGUAAGCUGGCAUGGGGUAAGAAGAAGCACUUCCACCUGCCACCUGAAGUGGAAUUUUGUGUGCUAGCUAAUGUGUUACCGCUCUCGCCUGAGAACAAAUGGUCUCCAGUGGCACUCGAAUUUCUGAAAUCUCUCUUUGGAAAGUCUGUGAAUGCACAUGUGCAAGAUGUACUGGUACCACACAGAACAUUUCUCCUGCACAUCCCUUGCAUAUCCAAACAAAUGUAUGAGAUGGGAAUUGCCAAGAAGCUGUCUCCAGACAUGUUCCAGGACUUCGUUCUGAUGUCACUGCAGACCCAUAGUCGUGCUGAAGUGUCUGCAGUGACACAAGAGGUCUCCAUAGGAGCAGGUGAGCGAUUACACAAGCAAGAGCUCUUCAUGUACCCAGAGCUGCCAGCAGGAACUGUGGAGGCUGUCAUAGUCACAGAUGUGACAAGUCCGCAGCGGAUUUUUUGCCGGUUGAAGGUGUUCUCACACGAGUUGAAGAAACUCUCAGAGCAAAUCACACAGUGCUGUGAAGGCAGGAUGACCAAUUGUGUUGUAGGUCCAGAAAUGAUUGGGUUUUCGUGUGCUGCCAGAGGAAGUGAUGGCAGGUGGUACCGCUCUAUUCUACAACAGGUAUUCCCAACCAACCAAGUGGUUGAAGUGUUGAAUGUUGACUAUGGAACAAAACAGUUUGUUCACAUGGAGAAUGUAAGACCACUGGCUGCAGAGUUCUUCAGGAUGCCUGUUGUGACUUACAUCUGCUCCCUCCAUGGAAUCAUUGACAAAGGGGUUGGAUGGACAACCAGGCAGAUUGACUACCUCAGGACCCUUCUUCUGCACAAGACAGUGUUUGCCAAAUUUGAGUACCAAAGCAUUUCUGAGGGUGUUCACUAUGUCACGCUCUAUGGGGAUGAAAACACAAACAUUAACAACUUGUUUGGUUCCAAGGAGAGGUGUUUGCUGGAAUGUGAAAAAACACUGGGAGAUUAUGCCAUUCGUAGCAGUGCAUGCAAGAUAUUAACUCCUGGACAGGCUGUAGAGGAAAAAGAAGGGAAAGCAAUAGUAGAGAAGUUGCCAGCUGAAGACCUCUCUCUCAACUCCUCUCAUGUUGCUGUUGUUCAGAACGUAUCUGACCCAUCAGAGUUUUGGAUCCAAACACAUAACUAUGCAAAUGAGUUUGACCAACUGAUGCAUAGUAUUAACCAUCUGUACAAAGACUCAGUGGAUAAAGAUGUGGUAAAAAAUCCAACUGUUGGACUCUACUGUGCUGCCAAGGCAAAAGAUGGAGAUUUCUACAGAGCAACUGUAGCUGAAGUUGGUGAGACACAAAUCAAGGUGUUCUUUGUUGAUUACGGUAACACUGAAGUGGUUGACAGGAGCAACAUCAGGAUCCUUUCUGAUGACUUCAAAAAGCUGCCAUGUCUUGCAUUGAAAUGCACCCUGGCUGGUGUCAGGCCGAAAGAUGGGAGAUGGAAUCAAAGUGCCUGUGAGUUUUUCACCAAAGCAGUCACAGAUAAAACAUUAAAUGUACAUGUGAACGCAAAAUAUAAUGGUGGCUAUGUUGUCCAACUAACAGAUCCUAAAGCAAGGGGAGAAAGAGAUCUUACUACGUUGAUGUGUAGUUCUGGCCUCGCUGAAAGGGUUGACUCACAGAAACAACCUAAAACUAAAAUGACCACACAACCUGCUAUCCUGCCUUCCACACAAUUUCCAGAUGCCAGUUUCUCAAAUGUACAGCGGAACAAUGGAAUAUCUUUCCAGACCCUAAACACAGUUGGCCGUGCCAGUAGUGAAAGAUUUCCUACAUUCAAGGAGCACAUGUUUACCAUCGGAAGUGUCCUUGAUGUCAGUGUGUCCCACAUCGAAAGCCCAAAUGACUUCUGGUGCCAACUAACACAAAGUGCAGGGCACUUGAAAUUACUCAUGCAUGACAUACAGGCUCAUUAUGCAGGCAGUGAGUUUCAGCCUCUUGUAGAAACAGCUUGUGUUGCACGCCACCCUGAAAAUCGAAUGUGGUACAGGGCCCUUGUAAUUCACAAACAUGAAACGCCUCAUGUAGAUGUGUUGUUUGUUGACUACGGCCAGACGGAGACCAUCUCUCUCUAUGACCUGAGGAGGAUCUGCCCAGAGUUCCUCACUCUGCAUGGCCAAGCUUUUCGAUGCAGUCUGUUAAACCCUGUUGACCGCAUGUCUGCCACAAAUGAGUGGAAUGAAAAAGCAAUAGCAAGGUUCCACAGCUUUGUGGAAACUUCAGCAUCAAACUUUGUGAUAUUGAAGUGCACCAUAUAUGCUGUCAUGUACAGCGAGCAGAAGAUUGUUUUCAACAUUGUGGAUCUAGAAACUCCUUUUGAGAGUGUCUCCACCAGUAUGGUCAAUCUAGUCAAAAAUGCACCUCUCAGGAAAGGCACUGGGCCAUCAUUCCGUCUGGACACAUACUACUACUCAACGCACAAUGUCAAAACUGGAACAGAGGAACAGGUGACAGUGACAUGUGUGAACAGUGUCAACCAGUUCUACUGCCAGCUCGAGAAGAACGCUGAUGUGAUAAAAGAUCUCACGAUCAAAGUGAGCAAUCUCUGUCAUCAGCUUGAGUAUGUCGACCUCCCAACAGUCUUUGGAACUUUGUGUUUUGCAAGGUACACUGAUGGUCAGUGGUACAGGGGACAGAUAAAGGCCACAAAGCCAGCAAUUCUGGUUCACUUUGUUGAUUAUGGUGACACUAUUGAAGUGGAAAAGUCUGACUUGCUUCCAGUUCCCAGAGAGGCUAAUCACAUAAUGUCUGUGCCUGUGCAAGCAAUUGUGUGUAGUCUCUCUGAUGUCCCUGCUCCCUCCCAUGUUUCCAGUGAAGUCAACAGCUGGUUUGAGGCAAGAGCAACGGAAUGUAAAUUUAGAGCACUAGUAGUGGCCCGAGAACCUGAUGGGAAACUGCUGGUCGAGCUGUAUCAUGGAAACACUCAGAUCAAUUCAAAGGUCAAGAGGAUGUUUCAGAUUGAGAUGCACACAGAAGAUCAGGUUGCCUGCCGGGGUCGGAGAGAACAUGAGACCUCAGCAAAUCACGCACAAAAGAUUCCAAAAGUUGUCCCAAAGCAGGCUGCAGAAGUGAAAGAUCACACUCAAACCACCACGACAAAUUUCUCCACCCAAAAACCUGCACGUCAAAUGAGGGAUGCCAACAUGAAUCUGCAGUCUGCACCAAAGCCUUCGUGCCACGUUUGUGAAAAUGGUCAUAAGGUCAAAGCUGCUCCAUUAGAGCUGUACAGACCUCCACACCAGAGGCAGCCAUGUGGAAAGACACCAUGUAAUACGAAAACUGGUUCUGUGCAAGCAGGUGCCAAUAUCAAACCCAAACAAGAAAAUCUUCCAACAGAAACUAAACAGCUCAUCAAGUCCAAAUCACCUGGCACAGAAUCUUUGAAGGAAGGCAGUGUUGAACAACUCUCUAAACUUGCCGACCUGCCCUCAAAAUCUAUCACAUCAGGUAUGGAAGCAGAUGUUUAUGUCUCACACUGCAACAGCCCAUUCAGUUUCUAUGUGCAGCUUGUCAGAGAUGAGGAUGAAAUAAUCACCCUUGUUGAAAAGCUCAAUGAUCCACAAUUAAUCCCCCAAACUGACGACAUCAAAGACGUGCAUCCAGGUGACCUUGUUAAAGCAGAGUUCACAGAUGAUUCCUCGUGGUACCGAGCAGUUGUGAGAGAAAUCCGCAGUAGCAAGAUGGCUCUUGUUGAGUUUGUUGAUUUUGGAAAUACAGCAGUGACGCCAAUUUCCAAGAUGGGCAGACUCCCUAAGUAUUUCUUGCAACUUCCCAAGUACAGCACACACUGUAUGGUGAGUGACAAUGCAGCUCUUGGAAAAGAGGACGCGCUGGAUCCAGAAGUGAUGUCAGCUUUCAAAGAAGCCGUCAGUUGUAAUGGAGAAAAGAUGUUCAAGUGCCAGUUUAUCAAGCAGUCAGGAUCCAUGUGGGAAGUCAGUCUCAAAGACAGUAGUGUGAAUGUCAUGUGUAAAUUACCUACUAGAUAUUCAAGUGAUGGUUCUGAAAUUGAGUCAGAGAAACUUGAACAAGCUAAGGAAAACCCUGCACAGAUCUCUGACAUCAGGCAAGUUUCAGAGAACUCACAGAAAUCGCUACUGAACUCCUGUUCUCUAUGUUACCACCAACAAGAGUUUUUAGAGGGACAGAAGAUCGAGGUCUUCAUCACAACUAUAAAUGAUACUCAGACAUUUUGGUGUCAGUCUGUGGACUCAGAAGAGCUUGAUAAGAUAACCUCUCGUGUCUCAGAAAUCGGGGAUGGUCACAAACACAUUGACCCAGGCUCUCUCUCCCCUGGCAGCCCAUGCGUUGCUCUCUUUUCUGAUGACCGUCUUUGGUACCGUGCAGAGAUCAUCAACAAAGUUGGAGAGGAGCUGUCUGUUUUCUUUGUGGACUAUGGAAACAUGUCCCAAGUCAGUGUUACAGAUGUUAGGGAAAUGCCCACUGACCUGAUGAAAACCCCUCCACAGGCAUUUUUGUGUGAACUUGAAGGCUUUGAUGCUUCACACGGAUCCUGGCGCAGUGGUGCAGUAGAUGAGUUGUCAGUGCUUACAACAGACAAAGCGUUACAGCUGACUGUUACUAGAGUAACAAGAGAAGAAGGAAAAAUCAAAUGCCUUGUGCAGAUGGAAUGUGAGGGCCAGGUGAUAAAUGAGGCACUGAAAACAUGGUGGAAGAGCGCCAUGACAGAAAACAAACCUGGUGCAGAUGGACUGACCACUUCAUGGAAAACACCACUGCAAUGUGACUCAACUGUGAAAGAGACAACACUGCCUGAGGAUCAACUCAAGCAUCCCGAACGUCAACAAAUGGAUAUCGCUGCUGCUUGCUUUUGUCCUCAGAGAGACCACAGCGAAGAGCAAAGCGUUGGGAAAGUUGUUGACCCUCAAACUGCAGAUGAGGUCCAAAAACUAGCAAGCUAUUCAAAACCAGGUAAAAGCUCUGAUGAUUAUCUUCAUUCUGAGUCCCCAGAGGAAGUGAGGGAUCAGAUUUUAGAAACUGUUUCCAAUGAAGGGGUGAACACAAUCCCCACUAUGGUGGUCUCUGAAACCAAACUCAAAGACAUUGUGCCAUGUGAUAGUGGCAGAGAUGAAAUCACAUUACCUCCACUCAGUAACAAAGGUGACCAAGGUAGUUUGACCGACAAGAGUGCCGCUGAAACUGACAAAGGCACUGAAGAGGAGGGUGCUUCGGUGGUGGACACUAUUGGGCCAGGUGACUUAAACCUGACAGAGGCCAUAAAAGAAGAGGUGAAUAUCGACUGCAUGGAGAGCUGCUUUGACAUCGUACAUGCUUCUGAUCCAAAUAAGCAGAGUGUUACCAUUGCAAAGGAUAGUCCACGUAGAAGUAUGACAACAGUGAAAAUGGUUCCCCGUGAAGCUGUUCGUUCCAGGGAGAGGGAGGAUUUGGAAACAGCUGAUAGGAUUCCUAAUGACUUAAAGCAGACUGAAUUGGUGCUGCCCUCCUCUGUGCCUCCUGCGUUUGAGCAGGGAAUGGAAGCUGGAGAUGGUGCCCCUGAGGAGGAAGUGCCAUGUGUUACCACACAUGUUGAGAAUGACUCGAUGGCUGAGGAGGAGACCUUGGCUCGUCAUGAUGUCUUUGUAUCUGCAGCCCUGCUAGCUGACACGAACACAGCAGCCAGUGAGCCGCACACCUGCACCGCUCCAUCUCAAGAUUCGGGUGACGAGGUUGAAGAGGGGACCUGCUCUGUUCAAGAGGCCUGUUUGACAGAUGUCUGCACAGACCCAAAUGAACAAAGUGAUGACAGCAAAGUCGCCACUGCAAGAGAUAAUCGUCUCAGCAGUAGGACAGCAGAGGAAAUGGUCCAAAAUGAAUCACAGCUGCCUUGUGGGGAGCUUCUUCAUGAACAACUAAUUGCUCUACCAUCCGACAAUGAGCCACGAACCGACACAGUUCCCUGUCCAGAUUUGAGAAACUUAAUUGAAGAGAUGACCUGUCUCGUUGGAGAGAUCUGUCUGUCAGACGUCUGCAGAGACCCAGAGCAAGAAGCUGAAAUGGAGGACAAUGAGCAGCUGGUGCACACCCCACCUAAACAUAAAGAGGAUUUCACUGAUGGUGUGCUUGAGGAAGAAAUGUCUUCUUCUGCUGAUGAUACUUUUGAGGCCCAGCUGAAAAGGAUAACUCAUCUCUCUCUGAUCAUCAACGAUGGUUCUGCUGAUGUUCUGGCUGCUGAGCAACAGCCAGAGGAGUAA